AUGUCACGGAUCAGUGAACUGACGCAACUGUGUGAACCUCCACGAUCCGUCUGCUGUAUGGCUGCACUGUUUUGCUAUUCAGACACAGUUUUUCUCGGGGGCAGAAUCGUUACACACGUACGACUCCAACACAGAAUUUACAGUAGGUUUGCCCGUCCAGCUAAUUUACCACGCAAACAUGUCGUAACAAAUACUUGAAAUAGGUCUACCGGCUACCAGGCUUUCAAGGGACGCCAACUGUGCUUGUACACUGCAACCUCGACAUGGCACCGGGAAAGAUAUUGGUGAGUGGAUGGUUUGCAUUUGUGAUCAUAUUACUGGUGGUUUUCACGGCCUUAAACCGCGGAUCUCCGAAAAGCAGUGUUCAGUAUCUGAGACCUCCGUCGCCCAGACGCCACAUGGCUUUCCCGAACCGCUCUGCGUCUACUGGUGCCACGAAUGUGGUGAAAGACACCGAUUUGAACGUGACAAAAAACCAUACCCUCACUCUUACCAUCCGCAUGACAAGCACACCAAAGUUUGCACGGCGUCUGUUUUGUGACCUCUUGCGAUCUGCUGUGCUGUUCUGGUCACCAAAGCUUGGGCCCAUCAGUCUGAUAAUGGACGAGGAAUCCAAAAACGAUCGUAAGUUUGCUGCCAGGCUGGUUCAGCGGGAACACGAACUUGGCUUUAAGUUUAACUUCUUGUACGAGCCUCUCCCUCAAGACCAUAAGACCGUACUGAAAUCGCGUCUAGGCCUCGGCUAUGGUCGGCAGCUGUGGAGCAGUUUCAUGAUGGAUCUGUUCAUCGACGCCUCCAUCAUUGCUUGGAUUGACACAGACGGUGUAUUCACGACGCCUGUCACCCCCGAAAACAUCGUCAACGGACAACGACUACGGGUGGUGAGCAUCACGCAAGACUGGAAAAGACUACAUGAUCUCAGUUGGUUCCAAACAACAGAACGUGCGAUUGGCAAGCAGAUGGUGGCGGACUUCAUGACAUACUUUCCUGUCUAUAUUUGGCGAGAUACCAUCAUUAAUUGCAGGAACCACAUAUCACGGCAUAUGAAUGUAACUCGCUUCGAGGACGCUUUUCGAAAUCUUUAUAAUCUCAGCCCUGUCAACGUCAUCAUGAACUACGCCUUCUACUUUGAGCAUGAUCGUUAUGACUGGCAUUUAGAUGUUAACAAUGAUUUGAAAUCAUACAACAAGGAUCAUGUCCCUCCUGGUUUCGAAAUCAAACCCAGUGAGACUGUACCAGAUGUUCAGGUUUCCAUACACGAAGGGUACUACAACAAGCUUCCCAACCCGUUGCUACAGGGAUACUGCGUCGCCAAGCGGUACGUUGGCACCCUGCCUGCCUUCUGCAAACCCUUCGAAAAUGUCACCAACUUUCAUUUGUUUGAGUUCUGCUGGGUAGUAAAGAAAUUCACUCAGGAACACCUUAGUACGUGGUGUGCGUCUCCCGAGGGCCACAGAGACUGCGCUCAACGUAUUGAAGCGCAUUAUGCAAAUGUCGUGAAAUAUUACAACUUGGGUUGGUUUGAUCUAGACUUGCGCCGAGUCGCUGCUGUUGAGAAAAUAGCGGCACAGGAAAAAUGUCAAUGUCAAAAAGUAUUUGACUUAGAUUGAAGUCAUUUUCAGAACAACUGGUGUUAUGUUGUUCAAUAAGGAUUCGCUCUAUUACAUUAUAAGAUCCGAUAUAUCUGGCUCUGAAAACAGUAUAGAGUAACGUUUUAUAGAAAUCCAAAACUGCACACAAAAAAGCUUCAUAAUAGGUUUACUCUAGAGAUCACCUUGUCAAAGUGUUUCAACUUUUAUGGAUGAAAUGGAAGCAAUUCUUGAGAAAAUUUCUUCAGAAAACAAAACGUGUUAUUUGCUUUGGGAUUUUAAAAUAACGAUCUGAGAUUUGAAGCUCACAAUCAAGCACUCAAGCUACUAAGUUUGCUGUACUCUUUUACUUGUCGUCCACUAAUUGAUAAACCAACUCGGAUUACAUCCAGUACUGCAACCCUGAUCGAUAAUGUUUUCACAAAUGAUAUUGCUUUACAUAAAUCAGAAAUAAUAUUAUCAGAUGUAAGUGAUCGCUUGCCUAUUAUUACAUUUGGCCCAUGUAUUACAAAGAAAAUGAAUACAACUACAUCAUAAUAUUGGAAAAGGAACACAUCUGAGCAGAAUAUUCGAGCCUUUAUAAGACAAGCUGAAUCAGGUGACUGGAAAUCGGUUGUCACUGCAAAUGACGCUAACGACUGUUACUCCUAAUUUAUAAUAUACAUAUAUGACAUUAUGUGUUCCAUAGACCUACGACAAAUUA